AUAUCUAAACCCCCCUCAUUCAUCUCCGACUCUCUUAACCCUAACGCCCUCGUGUAACCACCCAUCGAUCGAUCCCACACCCCCUAACAAAAUAUCUCCAAAUAAAACCCUAGUCCCCAUCAUCGUCCUCGUCCUCCUCCUCCAUUAGCGAGAUCGAGAGAGAUCGAGAGAGAUUGAGAGAGAGAGAGAGAGAGAGAGAUCGAUUGUUGAGAGUAGAGGGAUGGGCGAGGUGGUCGAUGGGGGAGGCGUGGGGAGGAAGGGGGAGGGGAGGAGGAGGGGGUGCGGGUGCUCGAAGGGGGAUUUUCUCCCGGAGGAGUCGUUCGAGAGCUGGGGGAGCUACGGGAGGGCGCUGGGGGAGACGGGGCGGAGGCUGCGGGACCGGAUCGUGACGAGGUCGGCGGAGAGCGAGGAGAUGCACGAGGUGCGGGCGCGGAGCGGGCACGAGAUGAAGAAGACCCUCACGUGGUUCGACCUCAUCUUCUUCGGCAUCGGCGCCGUCAUCGGCGCCGGCAUCUUCGUCCUCACCGGCCAGGAGGCCAACGAAGUCGUCGGCCCCGCCGUCGUCCUCUCCUACGUCGUCUCCGGCGUCUCCGCCAUGCUCUCCGUCUUCUGCUACACCGAGUUCGCCGUCGAAAUCCCCGUCGCAGGCGGCUCCUUCGCGUACCUGCGGGUCGAGCUCGGCGACUUCGUGGCGUUCAUCGCGGCGGGCAACAUCCUGCUGGAGUACGUGAUCGGCGGCGCGGCGGUGGCCCGGUCCUGGACGUCCUACUUCGCGACGCUGCUCAACCACCAGCCCGCGGACUUCCGCAUCCACGCGCACUCGCUGGCAGCGGACUACAACCAGCUGGACCCGAUCGCGGUGGUGGUGAUCGCCAUCGUCUGCAUCGCGGCCUCGCUCAGCACCAAGGGCAGCUCCCGCUUCAACUACAUCGCCUCCAUCAUCCACCUCGUCGUCAUCCUCUUCAUCAUCGUCGCGGGCCUCACCAAGGCCGACACCCACAACCUGUCCCCCUUCACCCCCUACGGGCCCCGCGGCAUCUUCGCCUCCGCCGCCGUGCUCUUCUUCGCCUACGUGGGGUUCGACGCGGUGUCCACCAUGGCCGAGGAGACGAAGAACCCGGCCAAGGACAUCCCCGUCGGGCUGGUGGGCGCGAUGACGAUCACGACCGCGGCCUACUGCAUCCUGGCGCUGACGCUGUGCAUGAUGCAGCCGUACGGGCAGAUCGACAAGGACGCGCCGUUCUCGGUGGCGUUCCAGAAGGUGGGCAUGAACUGGGCCAAGUACAUCGUGGCGUUCGGCGCGCUCAAGGGCAUGACGACGGUGCUGCUGGUGUCGGCCGUGGGGCAGGCGCGGUACCUGACGCACAUCGCGCGGACGCACAUGAUGCCGCCGUGGCUGGCGCAGGUGCACCCGCGCACGGGGACCCCCGUCAACGCCACCAUCGUCAUGCUCGUCGCCACCGCCGUCAUCGCCUUCUUCACCGACCUCGGCAUCCUCUCCAACCUCCUCUCCAUCUCCACGCUCUUCAUCUUCAUGGUCGUCGCGCUCGCGCUGCUCGUCCGCCGCUACUACGUCGCGGGGGAGACGUCCGACGCCAACCGGAGCAAGCUCGCCGCGUGCCUCGUGCUCAUCCUGGCGUCGUCGAUCGCGACGGCCACGUACUGGGGGGUGAGCGCGAAGGCGAAGGGGUGGGUCGCGUACGUGGUGACGGUGCCGGUGUGGUUCCUGGCGACGCUGUACCUCGCGGCGUUCGUGCCCAAGGCCAGGCAGCCGAAGCUGUGGGGGGUGCCGCUGGUGCCGUGGCUGCCGUCGGCGUCGAUCGCCAUCAACGUGUUCCUGCUCGGCUCCAUCGACAGCAAGUCGUUCAUGCGGUUCGGGAUAUGGAGCGCCUUCCUGCUGCUGUACUACCUUUUCGUGGGGCUCCACGCGUCCUACGACACCGCCAAGGCCGCCGAGAGGAGCCGCAACGACGGCAAGGCUAAGGCGUUGGAAGAGGGCGUGGGGUUGGCGGAUGCAAGUCACAUUGGAGGAGACAAGUAAACUAGUCAGUAACCCGUGUGUGUGCGUGCGUGCGUGCGUGCUUGCGUGUAAUUGUUGGGAUAGAGGGUUAAAUCUUAAAUUAUUAUUAUUAUUAUUAUUAUUUUUGGGGUUAAUUAAUUAGGGCUGUGUUUUCUAAAACGUUUAUGUUCGUUCACGUUUAAGUGAGCAUUAGGUGGUUGUUUAAGUUAUGGUCAAUGUUGGGACUUGGUGGUGUGCUUUGUAUAUUACUAUAUAUUGCGUCAAAUUGAUUAUUAUUGAAAGUUAAGCUGCUGUAUCUAUUAUUGAA